AUGGAGAUUGAGAUAUCGAGAGGUGGAGAGACCGAGGGGGAGGAUGAAGAAAUAGUGGAGGGGGCGCGUGGUGGUUCUGCCAGGUCUGAUGCCAGCAGCAGUCCAUCUGAGCAGUCACAGCUGGGCCAGUCUCACCCCGCUUUCCCUGUAGGACCACAGUCUCUCCUGGUAGCUCAGCAGCUGGCGUCUGCGGUGAGUGGGGUGAUGUCGGGGGCGAUGUCGGGGGCGAUGUCGGGGGCGAUGUCGGGGGCGGCGCCGGGCCUCAACCAGCCCAUCCUGAUCCCCUUCAACGCGGGCGGCCACCUGGGAGGACAGCAGGGCCUGGUGCUCUCCCUGCCCACUGCCAACAUCCAGGGCCUGGUGGCCGCAGCGGCCGCCGGAGGACUCAUGACCCUGCCCCUACAGAAUCUGCAAGCUACCUCAUCCCUGAACUCACAGCUUCAGCAUCUUCAGCAGCUUCAGCAACUGCAGCAGCAUCACCACCAGCAGCAGCAGCAGCAACAGCAGCAGCAGAGCCAAUCACAGCACUCUCACAGCCAGACCCAUCUUCAGACAUCCAAUCACAUGGCCUCGCACCACCCGCUGAGCCCCGCCAGCCAACAGCAGCCCUCAUCCGCCUCCUCUGGCUCCUCCUCCUCCUCAGCCUCCUCCAAUCUGGGCUCGGGACAGGCCUCGCAGUCCCCGCCCCACAGGCAACAGAACCAAUCGCCCGCGCGCAGCCUGCCCUCACCCGUCACCCCGCCCAUGCCACUGUCGCUGAAUCCUCUGGCCAGCCAGGCGGCGGUGGCGGCGGCAGCAGCAAUGAGCUCCAUCGCCGGCUCCCAGGUGUUUGGCAACGCCCUCUCCAGCCUGCAGGGCGCCACCGGGCAGCUCGUCACCAACGCCCAAGGACAGAUAAUUGGCACGAUUCCACUGAUGCCCAACUCGGCCGGAGCCGGAAGCCAAUCAGGUGCAGGGGGGAACCCUGGCCUGCAGGUCCAGCCAAUCACACCGCAGCUGCUGACCAACGCCCAAGGCCAGAUCAUCGCCACGGUGAUCGGCAACCAGAUCCUGCCAGUCAUCAACACCCAGGGAAUCACGCUGUCGCCAAUCAAGCCAGGACAGCAGCUGCCUCAGUCCCAGACGGCUCCAUCAGGGCCUCCUCCUGCUCCCUCCUCCCAGGCCCAGGCCCAGGCAGCCAGCCUGCUGCGCCUCCCCCACACGCAGAGCCAGGGACAGAGCCAGGGCCAGGGCCAGAGCCCCCUGCGCCAGGCCUCCUCCUCCUCCACCACCUCCUCCUCCUCCUCCUCCGCCCUCAGUGUCGGACAGCUGGUCAGCAAUCCCCAAACUGCUCCCAGUGAGGUGGACGGAGUCAACCUAGAAGAGAUCCGCGAGUUUGCCAAAGCGUUCAAGAUCCGCCGCCUGUCCCUUGGACUGACACAAACUCAGGUGGGCCAGGCACUCAGCGCCACCGAGGGACCUGCCUACAGCCAGUCUGCCAUCUGCAGACACACCAUCCUGAGGGGCCACUUUUACCUACCGCAGGAAGCCCAAGAGAACUCUAUAGCUAGCGGUCUGACAGGCAAACUGAACCCUGGCCUUUUAUAUCCUGCCAGGUUUGAGAAGUUGGACAUCACGCCAAAAAGCGCCCAGAAGAUUAAGCCCGUUCUGGAGCGCUGGAUGGCCGAGGCGGAGGCCCGGCACCGCUCCGGCAUGCAGAACCUGACCGAGUUUAUCGGCAGCGAGCCCUCCAAAAAACGCAAGCGCCGCACCUCCUUCACGCCGCAGGCCCUGGAGAUCCUCAACAGCCACUUCGAGAAGAACACGCACCCCUCGGGCCAGGAGAUGACCGAGAUCGCCGAGAAGCUCAACUAUGACCGUGAGGUGGUGCGCGUCUGGUUCUGCAACAAGCGGCAGGCGCUGAAGAACACGAUAAAGAGGCUGAAGCAGCCGGAGAUGGAGAUGGGCCCUGGGGGGGCGGUGGGCGCCGGCAUGGACCCUCUGGUGGGAGAAACGUUAGACGAGCACCCCUAAAGGACAGGACAAAAAGGAUGGACCAA